GCAUGCUCAUUCUCUAAAUUGGUUCGGUCAGUUGCUGUUUAGCGUUCGAUCUGUUAAGCAACGAUUUUCUGAAUUACAAUAUCUCUCUUUUGAGGAAUGAGAAAAACAUUGAACUUGAAUAUAAUUAAGUUAAUGGAAACGUGAAAAAUCAAAACAUGAAUAUCAAAAAGUAUCUAUCAGUGACGUUUCUGGUGCUUCUAACAAUAGCUCAGUGCAAUGCAUCAAAAAUUCUUGCAGCUUUUGUUUUUCCUGGCAAAAGUCAUUUUAUGAUGCAUACUGUUCUAAUUAAAGAACUUCUCAACAGAGGACAUGAGGUAACUUUUGUAACAGGUCUUUCAUUGGGAAAGAAUCUUGGAAAAAAUUACACAGAAGUUCUGGUACCAUCUUAUAACUUCUGGCCUGAAGUUAUCAGCAUGUUCAAUGUUAAAACUAUAUUCGACCUUUCAAGUCUCACACUAUCGGACUUUCUCAAAAUGGUCGAUGUUAUUGGUAUGAAAACAACCGAAUUCGCUUUGCAACAACCCAACGUUCAAGAACUCAUUCAUCAAAAGAACACCAAAAAUGUCUAUGAUGUUCUUAUUGUUGAACAAUUCUAUCAGGAGGCUUUCUUGCCAUUGGCUUUGAAAUUUAAUAUUCCAACAAUUGCUUCGAGUACAUUGGGACACCAGAAUUUCAUGAGCCAAAUGAUGGGUGUUAUUACCCCAUGGUCAUAUGUUCCACAUGGCUCUUUAGCAUUGGAUGAUAAAAUGGAUUUCUGGGAAAGAUUGUGGAAUACCAUGUCAUCGCUUUAUGAUGAUUAUUAUAGAGAGUUUGUGUACUUUCCCAAGCAGGAUGAAUUGGUGAAGAAAUAUUGGUCACAUUUGCCAAUGAAAAUUCCAACAGUUUCUAAAAUGACGAAGAAUACCUCAGUGCUGUUGUUGAACAGCUAUGUUCCAUUGACUUCACCAAGGCCAACAACUCUGGGAAUGGUUGAAGUUGGUGGAAUGCAUAUUUAUCCACCGAAGCCCCUUCCAGCUGAAAUGAAGGCAUUUUUAGAUGGAGCUACUCAUGGAGCUAUCUACUUUAGUUUAGGAAGUCAAGUUAAAAGUGCUGAAUUACCGCCAGAAAAAUUGCAAAUCUUUCUUGAUGUAUUUGCUAAAAUGAAGCAGAGAGUUUUGUGGAAAUUCGAAGAUGAUUCACUUCCAAAACUACCAAAGAAUGUUAUGAUCCAAAAAUGGAUGCCACAAGGAGAUAUUCUCGCUCAUCCAAAUAUCAAAGUUUUUAUUACACAUGGUGGACUGUUUGGCAGCCAGGAAGGUGUCCAUUAUGGUAUUCCAAUGUUGGGUAUACCAAUUUAUUGUGAUCAGCAUCUUAACAUAAACAAAGCAACCAAGGCUGGGUAUGCUUUAACCUUAAACUUUAAUGAUAUUAGUCGAGAAAAUCUCGAAUCGUCUUUGAAGGAACUUUUGGAGAAUCCUUCUUACCGAAAUAAGAUGAAUCAAAUAUCGUCAAUAUUCCGUGAUCGCCCUGUGAGUGCUCGGGAUUCAGCGAUGUAUUGGAUAGAAUAUGUUAUCCGGCAUAAGGGAGCACGUCAUAUUCGAUCGGCAGGAUUGGAUUUGGCUUGGUAUCAAUAUUAUUUGUUGGAUGUUAUUGGAUUCAUUGCUCUUGGAGUUGUUAGUGUAAUUGGUGCACUUAUUUUGGUGCUUAAGAUGCUACUAGGAAGUAAGAAAAAUAAGGAAAAAAUAAAUUAGAUAAGACUUAAACUAA